AUGUGGAAUCUUCAUGGAAGGUGUGAGGAAUUCAUUGCAAAAUGUUGGUUUGUUCAGGUCAUUGAUUGCCCAAUGUUUUUCGUGUCAAAGAAAUCACAGUUACUCAAAUCUGAGCUCAAGACUUGGAACAAGGAAGUUUUUGGAAAUAUCCAUGUUCUUAUUCAAAAUGCAUCUGCCAAGCCUACUAACAUUCAUGCCCAACUUAUAGGGAAUGAGGGCAACAAGGAGCUUAAUGAUCAAGAAGUCAUUCCUCAGAAGGAGUUAGAGAAAGUUUUUACUAUGGAGGAAGUUUUCUGGAAAGAUAAGGCUAAAUCUAAGUGGCAUCUUGAGGGGCAUAAAUACAUCUUUAUAUGUUCUAAGAUUAGAAUGGCUAAAAACAUCAUAACCCAUAUCAUAACCAAUGAAGGUCUUCUCCAUGAUCCAGAUGAAAUGGAAGCUCAUGAUGAAGUUAAGAAAGAUGUUUUUAACUUGAAUAAGGACAGUGCCCCUGGUGUUGAUGGGUUUGGUGGGAUUUUUUAUCAUUAUUUUUGGUCCAUCAUUAAAAAGAAUGUUACUAGUGCAGUCACUCAAUUCUUCAAAUAUGGAUGGAUUAUGCCUAAGUAUAAAUCUAAUAAUAUCAUUCUCUUGCCCAAGUACAUGGAUGUUGACUCAAUGGACUCUUUUACACUAAUUUCUCUUGCAAACUUCAAAGUCAAGAUAAUCACUAAGAUCUUGGCUGGUAUGCUUGCUAUUUUCAUGCCUACCUUAAUCUCAAAAUGA